AUGUUAAAUGAAUCUUUAAAUGAAUGUGAAAACGUUUUAAAGAUUAAUCCUAAUUAUUCUAUGGCCAUAAUGCGAAUAGGUAAAGAAUUAUUAUCAUGUAGGAAGUAUAAAAGGAGCUAUGGGAAAUUCCAGUGAAGCACUGUAGUAUUAUAAUAAAGCAAUAGAAAUUGAUGAGAAUUGUUGUUAUGCAUAUAUUAACAGAGGUUAGUAAACUAUUUUAUUGAAAGGAGUGCUAUACGAUCAAAUGGGAAAAAAAGAUGAGGCGCUCCUUGAUUAUAACAAAGCCAUACAAUUAGAUCCAAAUGAUGCAAAGUCUUAUUGCAAUAGGGGUAAUUAAUUUAUUCUAUUUUGAGGAAUUCUAUACAAAGAGAUUGGACAUAUUGAUUAGGCACUUUUAGAUUAUAGCAAGGCUAUUCAACUAGAUCCUAAUGAUGCUAACUCUUAUAAUACAAGGGGUAAUAAACAUGCUUAAUUGUGUAGGCGUUCUAUAUAAAGAGAUGAGAAGUAAAGAACAGGCACUUUUUGAUUUUAAUUAGGCUAUUAAGUUGGAUCCUACUGAUUCUAAUGCUUAUAAUAACAGAGGUAAUUGUUAUAUAAUAUUUAAUAGGGAAUCUAUAUCAGGAAAAUAAUUAAAAUGACUAAGCACUUUCUGAUUAUCUUGAAGCACUAAAAUUGUAACCUGAUCAUCCUCUCAUACUUGCCAACUUAGGAGAUCUUUAUUAUUCAGUUUAAAAUUACACGCUUUCCGCCGAUUAUUAUAGGAGAGCACUUAUUUCUUUGGAUUCAAUUAUCCCCUAAAAGGGCAUUAAUUGGAGCUUAUCUGCUGGGAACAUUUAGUUCAUUAAAAGAAAAAUCACAGUUCUUUUAGAAAUUUAAAAUGAUAUCGCCGAAUUGAGAAAAGAACUUUAAACACUAACUACUCAAUUUGAAUAGGAACAAUCUACUUUAAUUGAAGUUGAAGACAAUAUAAAUACGAUUGAGAGAAAACUGACAAAAUAAUUGAAACCAUUAAAAGAAUCAUCAAAGCAUUCUGAAAAUCAGUAAGAGCUUGAUUACUUGUAAUUGACAUAAGCGGAUUUAAGAUAACUAAAGCAGUAUUUAUCUUAACUACAUUAAACAAUAUUGAAAUAACACGAUAGAAUUACAAAUUUAGAGGAAGAUAAUAUUAAGUUGAAAUAACAAGAUGGAUAUCAAAUAUAGCAAUCUUUGCUGUAAUUGUAAAAUGGUGAAAAUAAACAUUAAUUUAUAUAUUACAAAGCAUUGUUUUGGAAAUUAUAUUAUUACUUGUCGGCAAUGAUGCAGAUAUCUACAGAAUUAUAUUAAGCAAACAGAGAUGCUAUGAUAGAAAGCUAAUCUGAAAAAGUACUAGAUAUAGUUCAAAAGGUGUUCAAUGUAGGCUCUAAGGUUUUAGGAUUUAUGCCAAUAGGCGGAGAAGCAUUUUAACUUAUAAAUGAAGCGCUAGAUUAUACAAUUGAAUAAAAAAAAUAAAAUAAAUUUAAGGACAGACUUAAUAAAUUAACUAAUAUCUUAAAAUGUUAUAAUAUUAUUAGCCCUGUAGAAUUAGAAAACGAAGUAAAGGUAGCAGCAAUUGAACUUGCGAAGAAACAAUAAAUUGACCUAAAUGCUAGAAAGUAUUAACAAUUCGAUGAAUUUGUAAGUAAAUUGAGCAAAUCAGAAAAACCAGAAGAUGAAAAGGACGUGCAUUGGAAAAACGGCACAAAUGAUGCUUUGGUUAUUUUAAAAUAUUUAGAAGAUUAGUCAGAAACCAUAUUAGAGAUGCAUGAUAAAAAGCUAAGAGAAAUAUUUGAAUAUGCUGUUGAGAAAAAUACAAAAGCAUAAAGUCAAGUUUUACAACAAUAAAAUGCAAAACCAAUUUCAUAAGUUGUUACAGUAUCACGUUGCUGUAUCAUUUAUUGA